AUGAUAUUCACCCUAUUAUCCACAUUACCCGUCCUCAUCAUCACAUCAGAACUUGAUUACUCCGAGUUGGUUCAUUCGGCUGAGUUGGUAUCCUCAUCAUCCUCCCAUCUCCAUCAAAAAUCUUUCAAUUCUCGAAAAAGAAAUUGCACUCGAGACACCGAUAUCAUAGACCGAUUGCUCAAUGGAACAGGAUACAACAAGUUUCGGAUACCACAAGAAGAAGGAAUGACUGUAGUGGUGGAGAUUUGGAUUCAAGCUAUCACAUCGAUUGACGAGUUAACUAAUGAUUUUGAUAUGGAUAUUUAUAUAACUGAAACUUGGCUGGAUCCGGCACUCAAUUUUCAGCAUAUGAGUCCGUGUAAAGGAAACCUUUCAUUGAAUCAUCAAGUUCUAGACCGACUCUGGACACCAAACAGUUGUUUUAUCAACAGUAAAGUGGCACAGAUUCAUAAUUCGCCGUUUAGAAGUGUCUUUUUGAUGUUGUUUCCCAAUGGAACCGUCAUGGUCAACUAUCGUGUCCGAGUGAAAGGACCAUGCAGCCUAGACCUCUCUAACUUCCCAUUGGAUCUUCAGAAGUGUAGUUUGAUCUAUGAAAGUUUUAAUUACAACAGACAAGAAGUUGAGAUGAAGUGGUCAGAUGCAGAGUUUCCAGUGUUUAAUUUGUCGAAGAUUGUGCUUCCCGAUUUCGACUUGUUCGCGAUUCAGACGGCGAGGAAACAAGAACCCUAUCCAGCAGGAAUGUGGGAUGAACUUCACGUGACAAUCAUAUUCGAGAGACGAUUCAUUUGGUAUUUCAUGCAAGCAUAUCUACCGACUUAUUUGACUAUUUUUAUAAGUUGGGUAUCAUUCGCUCUCGGUUCCCGUGCAAUCCCCGCUCGAACAAUGCUCGGUGUCAACAGUCUUUUGGCAAUCGUCUUCCAAUUCGGAAAUAUUAUGAGGAAUCUGCCAAGAGUUUCUUAUAUCAAAGGGAUUGACGUCUGGAUGUUGGUAUCGAUGACAUUUAUCUUCUGUUCCCUUCUUGAAUUGGCCAUUGUCGGAUUCAUGGUUCGAGAUGAGACGGUGGCAAAGAAGAAGCAGCAGAAGAAAAUUUCGGGAAAUCCAUCCCGCGAAGAAUCCCCACAUGGAAUCAUAUCGGAACGUCGUUUCAUGUUUCCUCCCGGGUGCUCUGACUCCACGAAAUCUCUCAAUUCGUGUGGAACUGGCUGUUGGACACCGGAACGUAUCGAUUCGAUAUCCAGUGUCAUGUUUCCAUUGACUUUCUUUGUUUUUAAUAUCAUCUACUGGUUCUAUUACAUUCACCGGAAGGAGAUCAUUCGGGAGAAUAUGAUUAAUCGAGUCGACGGAUAG